AGAAGCCAGUUUCUACCGGGAGUCGAAUAAAGAUGUUCCUCAUAUUACUGGCCCUGGCAGGCGUGGCCGCCCUCACCUACUACUGGAGCUGGAGGGCUGGCAGGAAGCACAUGUACGAACUGGCUGAAAAGAUCCCUGGUGAAAAAGGACUACCGUUCGUCGGACUCGCCCUGCACGUGAUGUUCAAAAACCACAACGACAUCUUGGAAUUCGCUUAUGGAUUGAGUCAAAAACCUGAGUACAAAGAUGUUACCAAAAUUUGGCUUGGACCCAGACUAAUCGUUUCCAUUCACAAUCCAAAAGAUGUCGAGUUGGUUUUGGGAAGUAAUGUGCAUCUAAGGAAAUCAAUUGAAUACAGCUACUUCCAGCCGUGGUUUGGAAAUGGUCUUCUUAUCAGUUAUGGUGACGUAUGGAAGACUCACAGGAAAAUGAUUGCGCCCACAUUUCACUUGAACGUGCUUAAAAAAUUCAUGAGCGAUUUCAACUACAACUCAAAGAGGUUGAUGGCGCGUCUGGAGCAUCUCGAAGGAAAGGAAUUCGACUGCCAUGAAUACAUGAGCGAGUGCAUGGUUGAAACGCUUUCCGAAACAGUCAUGGGCGUCAGACAAGAAGCCAAAGGGAGGAACUGCCUCACAUAUGCUAUGUCAGUUAUGAAGAUGUGCGAUAUUUUACACACGAGACAGACCAAGCUUUGGUUCAGGCCCGAUUUCUUGUUCCGAUUCACAAACCUCCGCCAGGACAAUGAUCACCAUCUUAGUAUUAUCCUCAACCUCACUAACAAUCUCCUACGAAAGAAGAAAGAACUGUACGACCACAAAAAAAAACCCUUUCCAGUACCAAAAGACGCAGCUGAAACUAAGAAAGAUUCCUCGCCCAAGGAAAAGUUCGCUUUUGGCAUUGCAACUGGGCUCAAUGAUGACAUUGAUAAUGAUGAAUGCGACAUAGGUGAAAAAAGAAGGCUCCCAUUUUUAGAAUCCAUGAUAGAAAGGGCACACAAAGGCGAUGGAAUGUCAGAUGUUGAGAUCAAAGAUCAAGUCAAUACUAUUAUGUUUGAGGGGCAUGAUACUACAGCAGCAGCAAGCAGCUUUUUCCUCUGUGUCAUGGGUGCUAAACCAGAUAUCCAGGAAAAAGUAAUUGAAGAAAUAGAUUCGAUCUUUGGCAAUUCCGACCGCGAUGUGACCUUCCAGGACACACUUGAGCUUAAAUUUUUGGAGAGGUGUUUACUCGAAACUCUUAGGCUCUUCCCUCCAGUGCCGAUCAUUGCGAGAACACUCGAACAUGACUUGUCAUUAGCUACAAGCGAUUUGGUCGUCCCUGCCGGCUGCACUGUUGUCAUACCGAUGUUCAAGAUUCAUCGAAGGGGUGACAUUUACCCCAACCCUGAAGAGUUUGACCCUGACAAUUUCCUACCUGAAAAUGCCGCCUCGAGGCAUUAUUACGCCUACGUGCCGUUCAGCGCAGGUCCAAGGAGUUGUGUCGGUAGAAAAUACGCCAUGCUCAAGCUGAAAAUCCUCCUCACCAAUAUUCUUAGGAAAUUCCAAGUCAAACCAUCCAAACUUGCGAUGAAGGAUUGGAAACUCCAGGGUGACAUCAUCCUCAAGAGAUCAGAAGGCUUCAAUGUUGCAUUAGAAAAGAGGACGAGCAUUGCAACAUAGAAAUAUCAUUUAAACAAAACUAAAUAUAGAAAUAUUAAGUCUAAUAUGAGUGAAACAUGUAGUAUUUGAUUGAGUCUGCAUUAUUU